GGAAAUGCGAGUUUGAACUUUUAAGUACUUCAAGCAGUGCAGCAGGCCAGUUGAGCAUCAGAUAAUUACCACUAACAAGAGGGACACUUUCACAUUUAUCAGAUAAUUAUACUUUCAAAAUGGGCUUAAUAGAAACGAUCGUUACCUCCACAAAAGAACGAGUGGCCUCGGCCACGCAAACAGAGCUGGUUUUAGCUAUAGUACUAAUCACCUUCACGAUUGUAUUGGUAACCAGACGAUCUAAUGUCCCAGAAGGUGUCAAGUUCCCGCCGCGUGUAGGACACUAUAUACCGUUUGUGGGCAGUGCCAUCGAGUUCGGUGCUUCUCCUAUCACAUUCUUACACGAGUGCUAUAAAACAUACGGACCGGUGUUCACCUUCAAGAUGAUGGGCAUGGAUUGCACGUAUGUGAUUGGCUCGGAGGCAUCGGCGCUGAUGUUCAACUCCAAGAACGACGACCUCAAUGCAGAGAGUGUGUACGCUUCUCUAACCGUGCCCGUGUUUGGUAAGGGUGUUGCAUACGACAUCGAUGCCAAAGAGUUCGGCGAGCAGAAGCGCAUCUCAAAGGCUGGACUUACUAUUAAUAGAUUCCAGGAGUAUGUGCCCAUGAUUGAGGAAGAGACUACCAAAUACCUGCAGAGAUGGGGUAACGAGGGCAAGACAGACCUCUUCAAGUGUAUGGCUGAACUUGUCAUCAUGACCGCUUCCCGGUGUCUUCUAGGCCGAGAAGUACGAGCACUUCUCGACGAGUCUGUAGCAGAUUUAUACCACGACUUGGAUGGAGGUUUCACACCUGCAGCGUGGUUGUUGCCUGGAUGGUUGCCCCUGCCCAGUUUCCGUACCCGCGACCGUGCGCAUAUUAAGCUGAAGAAGGUCUUCACAGAUAUUAUCGGCGAGCGACGCCGCACCCAAAAGGAGAAGGCCGAGGGCGAAUCCGAGGGCACAGACAUGAUGUGGACCUUCAUGAACACACCCUACCGCAAUGGACAGCUAAUGACUGAUGAUCAAGUGGCUGGCAUGUGUAUUGCUCUACUGCUUGCCGGACAGCACACUUCCUCCACCACCGCCAGUUGGGCCGGCUUCUACAUGUGUCAUGAUAAGAGGUUGCAGGAUCGUGCCCGUGCUGAGGUUUUAGAUACGGUUGGAGAGCACACUACCCCAACAUUCGAGGAUUUGAAGGAGUUGACCUUCCUUGAUAAUACCAUCCGUGAGACCCUCAGACUGCGUCCACCCAUCAUGACCAUGAUGCGCACCGUACAGACACCUCAGCAACUCAUGGGAUAUACCAUCCCUAUUGGUGGAUACGUCUGCGCGUCACCCACAGUCAACCACCUCUUGGAGGAUGCGUGGGGUCCAGAUAACAUGGACUUCAACCCCGAUCGCUUCGAGGGUAUGCGCACAGAUAAAGCUGACGAGCUCACGCGUGAUGCGAGUGCCACACCCGGUAAGGGCAAAUUCUCGUAUGUGCCCUUCGGCGCCGGCCGCCACCGUUGCAUCGGAGAGAUGUUCGCUUACACGCAGAUCAAAACCAUUUGGACCACGAUGCUGCGUGAGUUUGAGCUUUCUCGUGACUCCCUACCCGAUAUCGACUACACUACCAUGAUUCACACACCCAAGGACCCUUGGGUAUACUACAAGCGCAGAGAGGCUCAUAAACAGGCCCCGGGCGCUGUCUAGUGUGGAAAGGCGACAUUUAUGACGGGAAUAUUUAAGAGUCAACACUUGUGAGCACGAAUGUGUCUUUCAGGAUCAUAAAUAACAGAAUGGGAAAUUUGCACUUAUAUCGUACGCACAGGAGGUGGCCAUUUGAGAUUGUGUGAAAGUUAGAGUACACUUCGAAUACGGGCACAGACAGGCAGGCCCUAAAAGUCUCCCGUAGGCGAAUUAAAAACCUGCACAUUUAAAAGUCAUCAUUUAAUCGGUAUAUAUGAUAAGAACGAAUUCCUACGUGCUUGUAGGUUAAUGGAUACAGACUUGUAUGACACAAACUGAGGUGAUCUACACUCGUCCAAGAUACAGCAUCCUACAUAAAUAGAUACAAUAUUUCUUUAAUGGUCUAUUUUCUAUUAGUGCUGGUUGAUUUUAAGGAUUAAACGCG